AUGACGACGAUGACGAAGAAGAAGAAGAAAAGUUACGCCCUCACGUUUUUCUUCCUCCUUUGUGUCCGUUCUUUUGGGGUUCCUUCUCCCGUUCUUUUCUUUCCCCCAGACCUGCUCCCCCUCCUCUUCCGACCUGCCAAGUGUUUUUUAGGCCCUCUCCCACUUAAAACAAAGAUGGACAAGAAUUUUAAGAAGUUGAUGGAAGUGGAAACCUGUGGGGUAGAGAAGGGGGGAUUACAAAAAAAAAAAGAAAGAAUCCCCCACAAAAAUAACCAAACGAACUACAUUCGGGGCGUCCAAAGGGGGUGGGCUCCUACAGCGGCUCACCCUCCGAGACCACCCUGUUUUCCUCAGACUGCCCCCCUUCUCCCCACAACUCUGCACCCCAGAAUGGGGCGAGGGGAAAUGUCUUUCUGUUGUGUAUUUAAAGGGGGGGAUGGGGUACAAUAA